AUGGCGUCCCUGCUCACCAUUCCCCUCGAGCUUCUGGUGGCGAUAUCGUCAUUCCUCACUACUCCAGACCUCGGUGCUCUCCGCCUCACCUGCAAGCAGGUGGAGAAGUCGCUGUAUGAAUGGUUCUCCAAGGAAUUCUUUACCAAGAAGCAGUUCAUGCUCACCUACAAAAGCCUCCAAGCAUUUGUCGACAUCUCGAAACAUUCCAGCUUCUCAAAGAUGCUGAGUCAUGUCAUCAUCGCGACGGAUGUGUAUGCAGACAAGCCCUUACGCUUCCGUGAUAAGGAAGCAGCUGCGUUGUACACACAGGGUUUCCAAGACCAAACAACACUUCUGAAUACGGGGGUUGACCGCGAGAUGCUCACGGAGGCGUUUAUGAACUUGAAGAACCUUCAAACCGUCGGUAUUCGCGAUUUCAACAACCAUGAGCGUGCACGGGACGGCAAAAACGCAAGCUGGAGCUCUUGGGGCUCACCAACGGUCCACCGAGAGACUGGCAUUGCGCUUCAAUUCACCGAGCGCUUCCCUCAUAGCCCACAGCAUACCGUGGAAUUCCUUGCGCGGGUGUUCCAGAAUCUCAUUUACUCGCUGGGCAAGGCCAACCAAACUCCAGCAGAACUAGAAGUCUUGCUGCGUCAUCACUCGCUACCAGAUAGCGCAUUCGACGUACCGGAAUUCCUCUACCCCAGUCUUGGGCCUGUCCUUGCCGGGUUGAAGAAGCUACUUCUCAGGGUCGAGACGAGUUCUGAACGCACACACCACACUCACACCAUCGGGACCGCGUCAGAAACAGUAUCAGUACGCUUACUUCGUCGCUUCCUUGGCCUUACAUCUAACUUGGAGCAUCUACGUCUGAACCUGCCAAGGCACGAGCACGAAUUCAAAGAGCAGUUCCUAAAGUGGCUGGCCUUGCCUGCAUCGACACCGACCGCAGAACCCGACUUCUUCGACCCUCCGCCUACAUACCCAAACACCAUCCUUGACGUAGUGCAAAGGCUCACCCCCACGCUUCGUCGCCUUGAGUUAUGGAAGAUAACUUUGAAAGAUGUUUAUCUCGCUAGGAAUCAUGAUUCAAAGCCGAACUUCUGGAAGAGCUUCUUCACGAAGCUGUUGAAGAUGCCAAACCUGGAACUGGAUUAUCUCAAGGUGGGUAUGCUCAGACAAGAUCACAUGUUCGUCCAGUUCACGGAUCAUGGUACCGAAAAAGGUUCAGCAGGGCACAAGGUCAAGCAGUAUACCGGAAAGAAGAUGGAGGAGUUCUUGAAGGAGCUGACGGAAGAUGUAUUUGUGCUGUGGCCGCAGGUGGUGUAUGGCGGCGACGAGAGUGGCGAGAACGACGAUGAUGAAGAGAUGGUGGAUGAUGAUGAAGGUGAUGAUGGUGAUGAAGACGACGGAGAUGAAGGGGAUGAUGACGACGAUGAUGAAUGA